AUGACACCUGCUCAGUACAUAUUAAAGAGCUGGACAAAAGGUGCAAAAAACAAUUUGCUGGUAUUGGGAUCUCAGAGGAAUAGGAAAUCAACCGUGACAUUGCGUCUCAGAGAAUUGAUGAUGCACUCUCAAUGUUCCAGUAUUGAGUUUGGUGGGGGUAACAAAUGUUGGCUCACAGAGCAAAAAUCGGCGAAGAUUAAAAGGAAGGCUUCAGAAGAUUCCAAUACUGUUUCUUAA